GUGACUGAUUACUUUUAUUAUUAUUAUUAUUAUUCACUUCUAUGGUUUUUCAUGAAUGGAUUUUGAUAGAGAGUCAUAUCAUGACCUAGCUAUCCGAUUGGAAUCCGUUAUCAUGGCACUUGAAAGAGAAAAGAAUGAUGUUUUGAUUAUUGCUCAUGCCAGUGUUUUGCGUUGUUUGGUUGGAUAUCUGUUUGAUCAAGAUGAAAAUGAAACACCUUUUAUCUCUAUACCUCGAUCUGAAGUCAUUGAAGUUACUCCUACUGCAUACAAGAGCAAAGACAGGCGUCUAAAGAUAAAUGAAUGAUUUUUGUACAUUCUAUCCCCGAAACUACAAC